UAUGAUAAAAUAUUUGAGUGCUCAUUUAAGAUUGGCUCGUCAUGAUAAACCCAUUGGAGCUUUGUUGCUUCAUAUACCAUGCAUUUGGGGAACCAUAUUAGGAUAACCAACUUUUAAUUUUUAAGAAAUAAUUUGGUAUAGUAGUGUAUUUGGAGUUGGAUCAUUCACAAUGAGAGCAGCAGGAUGUGUGGUGAAUGAUAUGUGGGAUAAGAAUAUAGAUAAUAAAGUAGAACGAACAAGACUAAGACCAUUAGCUUCAGGAGAAUUACAAAUGAAGGAUGCAUGGAUUAGUUUAUUUGCACAUUGUUCAGUUGGAUUAUUAGUAUUGACUCAACUUAAUUGGAACACAAUAGCAGCAUCAUUUGGAAUAGUUCCAAUAGCCUUUUUAUAUCCUUUAGCUAAACGAUAUUUUAGUUAUCCUUAAUUAGUGUUAGGGAUAGCAUUUAAUUGGGGUAUAGUAGUUGGAGGUUUAUAAUUGGCAGGAAUGUUAAAUCCAGCGAUUAUGUUAGGAUAUACAGCUGGGAUUGUAAAUACUUUAAUAUAUGAUACAGUUUAUGGUCAUUAAGAUAAAGAAUAUGAUAAGAGUUUGGGAUUAUAUUCAACAGCUUAUACUCUUCCUAAGAAUACUCCUUUGUAUUUGACAUGGGUAUUUUCUGGAUUGAUUGGAUUAACAUGUUAUGCUGCAUCAUAUAAUCCAGGUGUUUAUCCAUUGAUUGCAUUGAAUUAAUUAGAUAUGUAUUUGAGAUUGAAGUCAACAGAUUUUGACAAUCCUGAGAGUUGUAGUAAAUUCUUUAAAGAUUUCAAAUGGUUUUAAGUAACUAUAGCAUUGAUAUUUGGAGCAGGUUCGUAUAUGAAGUAAUGAUUGAUGAAAUUGUUUUAAUUUAUAUUAAAUAAAGUAAAUUUUUGGUAGAUGUUUGAAAGAAAGGAAUUGAAGGCAAGAGUAAAAAAAAAGGUUGAAUAAAGUGAGAAUUAAGAGAUCAUCUUCAGUAUAAAGAGAAAAUUAGGAGAUCAAUCUUAUGAUAAUAUAUGUAAAAUAAAAAUCAAUGAAUUUUAAGAUUUAUAAAAUGAUGAGGAAAUGAUGCGAUUUAUAAAUUCAAGGAAACAAUUAAAAGUAAAUUUUGAUGAUAUUAUUAAUUAAACAAAAAAUCUAUCUUUAAAUGAUGAAACUAAAAAAAUGUAAUUUAAAAAUUCAAUCUUAUAGUGUUGUCUUAGAAAAACUUUAAUCUGAAGAUACCAAUUAAAAUUGUGAAGAAACCUAAUAGAAAAGUAUUUUAAAGGAUAGAAGAGAAUAAUUUGUAGAUAAAUUUAGAAGAGAUAUAAGAGAAAAAAUGUUAUAAGAGAAUAGAAAUAAAGUAAUGAUUUCAUUUUUUAUUAUAGUUUAUAAUUGAAUUAGAAUAAGAUAAGAAUAAUCUUAAAUGUUGUGAUCAAAAAUAAGAUGAUUAAUUAGAGAAAGAUUAUUAUAUAAUGAAGUAAGUUAAUAAGAAUGAAAUUAAUUAAGAAAAGAAGAGUGCUUUAAUGAAUAUUGAUGCUAAAUAAAUAGAAAAAUACUUUGAUAAUUAUUAUGUUGAUAGUGAACAUAAUUCAAGUAUUGAUAGUGAAGAUUCAUAACGUACAGAUUAAGAUGCAUAUGAAUAUCCUGAAAAUGAAAGUUCAGAUAAUGAAGAUUUAGAAGUGGAGGAAGAUUAUUAUGAUAAUAAUAGUGAUGAUUCUUAAAAAUAUAAAAAGUAUAGAAGAAAAGAUAUUUAAGAAUAAGAUGAUUAAAUUGAAAUUGAUGAAUAAUAAUAAGCAUUAGGAAUUGAAAUCAAUUAAGUUUAAGCAUUUAUGAGUUUUAUUAAAUAACAUGAAUAAAUAAAAUAAGAAAAAUAAUGUUGGAAAACAUUUGACUAUGAAAAAGAUUUUUGA